AUGUCGUCAGAAAACCAAAGCCCACUGGUGAAACUAUCUCUACCUCUACAAUAUCAACAAGAUGUGUUCCAAGAGCUCAGAUCGGAAGAUGAGCUGGUUAUCUUGGCCCCAGGCUUGGGCCUUUUGCGCAUCGUGACAAAUCUUCUCCAUACAUAUGAUGCAGCAGGAAACAAUCUGGUCCUGGUAGUUAGUGCAAAUGACCGUGAGAAUGAAUGGCUUGGUGAAGCCCUGGCCGAACAUUAUGCUGUUAGCAAGACUCCAUUAGCAAGGGGUCUCAAAGUCAUCAAUACAGAUAAGGCCAAGGUCUCAGCAAGACAGCAGCUCUAUGCCCAAGGCGGCGUGCUCAGUGUAACAUCACGUAUCCUGAUCGUUGAUUUACUAUCAACCCUGCUGGACCCAGAAACCAUUACAGGGAUGGUCAUAUUACAUGCAGAAAAGGUCAUUUCAACGUCUCUGGAAGCCUUCAUCAUUAGGGUAUAUCGUCAGUUCAAUAAGACUGGAUUUCUCAAAGCGUUUUCGGACGCGCCCGAGCCUUUCACAACCGGGUUUGCCCCCUUGGCCAACAUGCUUCGGAAUAUGUUUCUUCAGAAAACAUCAUUAUGGCCUCGGUUCCAAAUUACAGUUGCUGAAUCUCUUGAGGGUCGCAAAAAGGCGGAAGCCCUUGAGAAGGUAGUUUCAAUGACCGACAAAAUGAGAGACAUCCAGAACGCGGUGCUGGAAUGCGUUGAAGUCAGCGUAAGGGAGCUCAAGAAGUCGAACCCGGUUCUUGACAUCGACGACUGGAAUGUCGAUAGUGCUUUGCAAAAGAACUUUGAUGUCGUUAUUCAACGCCAACUAGAUCCAAACUGGCACCGUGUCAGCGUGAAAACGAGGCAAAUCGUUAGUGAUUUAGCGGUUUUGAAAAAUAUCCUGCACCUACUCCUCACGGAUGAUGCAAUAUCACUGUUGAAAUACCUUGACACCGUGAUUGCUGCCCAUUCGCCUCCGCCCGGAUACACUAAACAAACAUAUUCUCCUUGGCUUUAUCUCGAGGCAGCACAUGUACUUCUUGAAACCGCAAGAUCUCGAGUUUAUCGUGGGAAACUCAGUACUCAGGCUGGACUCUUAGGGCCACACUCUAGCCUCCCCAGUGCGCUAGAACCGGUUCUUGAAGAGCAACCCAAGUGGCAAGUGCUGGCAGAAACUCUGGACGAAAUCGAGCGUGAUUUAUACCUCAAUCCUACACCUGGUGAUGAUUCAAACCAUGCCAUCCUCAUCAUGUGUAGUGAUCGCAAAGCGUGCCAACAGGUACGCGAAUACCUUCAUACUAUGCAUUCUAGAGUCCAGUCGGAGAAUGGCGGGGGAUCGAACACCCCAGAAGCGAUGGAACCUGGUCCGUCAGCCGAAUUUAUGAUGCGAAGAAAAUUACGAGAUUAUAUAAACUGGAAACGAGAUUUUGCCAAAGUCAGGAAUAGCUUGUACGGUAUUAAUGCAAAACGCAGCGAAGUGAAAGAGGUACCGGGAUAUACCUCCGUCACCACAAAUAGGGUUCCCGAAAGGGGACCACCAAAUAAACGGCGAAGGGUCCGAGGCAGCAGUUCCACGGCCUCAAACGCUGGCCGAACUCCUAAUUCUAGUAUUCAGGAAAAGGCAGAUGAUACGACCCAGGUUUCUACGCUCCUUGAUGAAGCCCUCCAACCUACACCGGCAGAGGUAGCUGAGAAAGAGCACGUUAUUGUUGAUGACUUACAGGAUAUGGAAGAUUACUACGAACUUUUUGACAUGAAAGAUUUGAUCAUUAUCCAUGCUUACGACGGGGAUAUGGAUGAGCAUAUAUUGGAAGAAGCGAGGCCGCGAUAUAUUAUUAUGUACGAGCCAAACGCGGCGUUUAUCCGCAGGAUUGAAGUAUAUCGCAGCUCCCAUACUAAUAGGGAUGUGAGGGUGUUUGUCAUGUAUUAUGGAGAUUCGGUCGAAGAGCAGCAAUUUCUGAGUGCUGUGAGACGUGAAAAGGAUGCAUUUACAAAACUUAUCAAAGAAAAGGGCUCCAUGGCCAUGAGCCUUACACAUGACAGAAGCCUUGAAGAUCCUCAGGAGCAAUUCCUUCGCACCGUAAAUACGCGUAUUGCAGGUGGCGGUCGCCUUGCCGCCACGGCAGCUCCUCCAACAGUGGUAGUUGAUGUUCGAGAGUUUCGAAGUCCCCUCGCCUCACUAUUGCACGGUCACAACAUGGUUCUGGUGCCCUGUCAAUUGACAGUAGGCGAUUACAUUCUCACGCCAGAUAUCUGCGUGGAACGGAAGUCCGUCCGUGACCUUAUUAGCUCCCUCAAGAACGGUCGACUAUACAACCAAGCCGAAACAAUGCUCCAACAUUACAAAACCCCCGUCUUGUUGAUCGAAUUCGACCAAAACAAAGCUUUUACAUUCGACGCCUUCACUUCUUCAACAAAUCCCAGUGCUUUUGUUACAGACAAUCUAACUUCAUUUGCUACGCCGUCCUUCUCAUUCGGCAAUAUCAUAAAUCCUACCAACCCUAAAUCGAUCCAGCACCUUCUCGUCCUCCUUACUCUUACAUUCCCGCGUUUGAAAGUGAUAUGGUCCUCCUCUCCUCACCAAACGGCGGAGAUAUUCACGGAGCUCAAAAAGAACAACUCCGAACCGGAUCCUAUUCGAGCAGUCCAGAUCGGUCUAGAUUUCGAUAUUGCUUCUGCUAUUGGCGACCAAUCUGGUAGUAGAUCUAAGGAAAUGAUGGCUGUGGCGGGCGUUGAGCAUCGCAUAUUCAACCAACUGCCCCAGGAUAUGUUGGAAGCGGUGCUGGGGACGACGCCACAUGGGAUUGAGUGUUUAAUGUUGAAGACGAACAAUAUUCAUGAGAUUGCUAACAUGGAACUGGAAGACUUGACGGAAAUAGUAGGCCAGCAAGAGGCCAAAGCAAUUUUCAGAUUCUUCCGGCGAAGUGUAUUCGAUGCUGAAACGGGAGAAACCAUUUGA